GAUCUCUUCGUGUUCGUUUUACAUUUCCAAUGGCGUCGUCGUGUGUCGCUCAUCUUUCUCUCUCAGGUGGAUCUCAAUCCCAUUACGUGAAGGCAAAUGGACUGUCUACCGGAAAGCUCAGUUCCAUUUCUAAAACCUCUGCAUUGACUAUCCCCAAGAUCUCUAACCGGAGUCGCAAGUUGUCAGUUUCUGCAGAGUAUGGGAGGAGUAGGAGAGGAAGUGGUGGUGGUGAUUUCGUAGCUGGUUUUCUUCUUGGAGGUGCUUUGUUUGGCGCUGCUGCCUACAUCUUUGCUCCUCAGAUACGAAGAUCGAUUAUGAGUGAAGAAGAUGAGUAUGGAUCACAAGAACGACCAAGUUACUAUGAUGAAGGUUUAGAGAAAACUAGGGAGACUUUGAACGAGAAAAUCGGACAGCUUAACUCAGCUAUUGACAAUGUCUCUUCUCGUUUAAGAGGUCGUGAGAAGAAGACUUCUUCCCCGGUUGAAACUGAUCCAGAAGUUGAAGCUACUACUUGAAAACAAUAACACACUUUGCUUCUUCUUCUCUGUUUUUCCAUUUCGUAGUUGAUCUAUUGUGUUUCUUCUUCUUAUUUACUGCUUUUAUGCUUCAGUUAGAACUCUUGCAAGGUGAAUAAUAUACGGUGUUUUGGUUUUAGUCAAUUUUGAAUUUUGCUUUAACUCAAUUCAACUCAUGAUUAGAAUUGUUGUUUAGUUUAUUAAUGCAUCUUUAUUU